AUGAGCGAAAGUCGAAACGACAGUGGAGGUACGACGGGAAACCGUCGCCGCCAAGGAGAAGAUGAAGAAGACGUCGAGGAAAUCGACAACCGGCUGAUCGACCGUGUCGACAGCAACGGGACCAAGAAGCUCGGCGCCGUCGCGUCCGACCUGGCCUCGGUCUGGAAUAGGAUAGUUGGAGGUCACUCUCAGAUGGAAGUACGAGAUUCCAACGUCAAUAUGACGUUCAGCCAUUUGCCCACUAGUGAAAUGGUGGACCAUGCCAUUAGGGAGCAUGAUCGGUACGGUAAAGAUUUCGACCAAGUCGACGUCUUUCACUUUUACCACAAGAAUGACAGUAGGAAGGACGACCUAGAGGAACUCAGGCUCCUUGCCAUCGAGAACCCCAGGCAGCCGCCAGCAAAAAGACCGCGGAACAGGGAAAAUGUAAUGAUGAUCGGCCGUCGGUCCCAAGUGGACAUAGACCAUUCGGUCGCUAUGACGAACCCGACAUCCGACACGGGUGGUCCUAUGGACCCCCGCCCAUACCACUUCCAGGGCUAUGCCGGGCCCCAGGGUGCACAAUACAACCCGCCUUACAACCCGACACCCAAUACGGGAUUCCACUCGAGUGGUCCCAUGGAUCCCCGCCCGUACCACUUCCAGGGCUCUGGCGAGCAUCAUCGUCAGACGAGCCAUGCCGGGCCUCAGGAUGUACGGCCCGUCCAGCCCUCAUGGAAUGGUCCACCUGCCCGUGUCGGGUCCCAGGAUGCACGAUUCAAUCCGUCCCCUUCUGAUCGUCAGUCCAGCUAUGCCGGGUCUGAGAGUGGGCGGUCUAGUGCGUCCCGUCGGAGUCGUUCCCGGCGCAGUGAUGGCGGCUCGUGGCGUGGACGGGCCGGCGGGGCCCGUCGGGACGAUCGUAGGUCAAGGCCCCCCAUCGGCGGCGUGCUCACGACGGUUGGUGGCAUCGGCAAUUACGCCGUCAAGAUGGUGAAGGCCGGCACACAGCGGCGCCACCAUGACUUCACCAACCAACGGAGGGCCCCUCCAUGGGUCGGCAUCGUUGACAUGUCGCGGGAUCAUCAGGAGACGCUGCAGAUCAAGUUCGGUCCCGUCUUUGAGGGCCGGGAUGCCCGCUUCAACCCGAAAAACAUCUGCGCCAAGUGCGGCCAUAUUGGCCACUGGUUGAGUGACUGCGCGUUCCCCGACGACUCGGGAUUUCUCUACGGCUGUCCUGUUCACAACUCGAGGUCGCACUCGUUCGACGACUGCCCUGACCUUCACAAAUUGACAGAGAGCCAGAUCCUGUGGCUGCUCGUUGAGCUCCGGGGCAACAAAGCGCCCAUCCGCACCAACAUCUCUUGGUCGGAGCGCCUCAGACAGGCCAUUGAGCAAGAUAAGUGGACCAGUCAUGAUGCUCCCCUGCCACUGACGUCCGCCUUCGUCUCCGCCAAGGUGCGUGGCUCAAAGGGUGGUCACGACUGGCUUCGGUUCAACUACGCCAAGCAGACCAACGGCAGUCUGCCCAGUGACCCCGUCACCCGAGGCCCUCAUGCAGAGGUUCUCAAGAACGCCGCCCUCGACCAAGAGGUUCACGCGCCCACGAUUCACAGAAAAAGGGGCAAUGCUGGACGCCGCGCGGAGGAGACUAAUGACCGAAAUGAGACGGCCAGUGUCCGAAGCGAGACCCAGGAGGUGGAGGAUGGUGACACAUCUCAUCCCCAUGAGGAAGAGUCCCGGGAUAUUCCCGAUGCUGUGGUUACCACAGAGGAUGUCGAGAUGGGAGAGGCUAAUGCUGAGGCCCAAGCCCAUGGCGAAACCCCGGCCAGCGUUGUUGAGGGAAAGCCGGUGUCGGCGCACGAAGGUUUUGUCAAUGCUCUUUACGAAGAGGACGAGAUCGAAUUCAAUGAAGAGGACAACACCUGCUAUUAG